AUGCUGCGUAUGAUUUAUCCGUCGGAAUCGUCAAAUCUGAAAGAAGUUCUCAACGAAGUGUCAUUGGCUGGUCAUAUUGCAAGUGCUUUAGCGAGUCCUCGUUCCAAGGAUUUGUGCAUUGUGGCGUCUGCGUUACAACUAGUCCAUCUUGUCCUCGAUAAACUUCCUGAUCUGUAUACUCCGUUAUUUAGACGUGAAGGCGUUGUGCAUGAAGUUGAGAAACUUUCGAAAAUCAAGUCCGACUCACCAGUGAGUAUGCCUCCGGUUCGUUCAUCACCAUCCGUGAUCGCCAGUUUACGAGAUGGUAAUAGCAGUAGUAGCAGUAAUACGAACCCAAAUCAAUCUGUAAUAAGAACACGA